AUGCCUCGGCCAGAGUUCCAGGCGCCGCCGGAUGUGUUCUACAACGAGUCGGAGGUCCCCAAGUACACCACCUCCUCCCGUAUCAUCGAAAUCCAGUCUAGGAUUUCCGAGAGGGCACUGGAGCUGCUUGUUGUUCCCAACGAUGGCGUCCCCAAGCUGCUUCUCGACAUAGGAUGUGGUUCUGGGCUUAGUGGUGAGACAUUGAUGGAGCAUGGCCACCACUAG